AAAGUUCGAAGUGGUUCUAAGGUAAAUUCAUUAGGAACGUGGUUCAUUAGCAUCGUGAUCGGUUGUUUUGAAAUCUAUUCGAAGUAACGACAAACUAACCAUGAGUUCGAAAUUCUACAUAAAAGUGUGGAAAAAAAAUUCUAUCUCAGUAACUCCGUCAACGAUACGUUGUCAGAAGUGUUUGGAAUUCGGACAUUAUAGUUUUGAAUGCAAGGGCAAAAGGAAAUAUUUGCACAGACCCUCUCGCACUUCGCAGCUGAAGAGGGCAAUGCAAAAGCCACAGGACGGCAAUACUCAGGUGUACAUUAAGGAAAGAAAAGAAGUCGUCAAGAAGAAAAUGAAAAGGGAGGAAUCCAGUAGUUCAAGUGAUAGCUCUACCAGCAGUGAAAGCAGUGACGAUUCUAGUAGUACUGAAACUAGUAGUAGCAGUUCUUCAUCCGACAGUGAAUCAGACUCUAGUGAUAGUAUAUCUAGUAGCAGUAGUAGCAGUAGCAGCACUAGUAACAGUAGUAGCAGUUACGGUUCAUAUAAAGAAUAACACAGAUUAAAAAGUAAGCUGAAAAGUUUAUUCCGAACCAUUCUAUUCCGUUUUUCUAGAUGUACAAUUCUUGUGAAAUAGAAUAAGAAUAAAAAAUUCUUGUUUUGCAUAAAUACACAUGUAAAAGAUG